UUUUAUUUUGCAGCAUCAUUGAAGCUUUUCUUUCAGAUAAACAAAAAGAACUGCUUAAAAUGACGACAGUGUCACUGUUGGCGUCGCCAUUUCUUCUCCUCCAUCGACCUCGUACUCUAACAACUCAUCAAACCCAUUUCUCCAAUCCCACGUUGUUGUCUUCUUCUUCUUCUUCUUCUUCUUCCUUCAAUUCCUCCGUAAAACCCCACAACAAAACCAUAGUCUUUGGUUUCAACAACCCCACCGACUCAGAAGACCCUUUGUUCUUCGAAGAAAAAAAUGUGGUCGAAGAUAUGGAGGGUUACCUCAAUCAACUCUCCCUCGAGUAUGACUCUGUCUGGGACACUAAACCUUCUUGGUGUCAGCCAUGGACAAUUACACUGACAGGGGUAUUAAUUAUUGGCAUUAGCUGGUUAGUUUUGCAAUCAGUGAUUGUCACUUCAUUCAUAUCACUACUAAUAGGAGCAUGGUGGUACAUCUUCUUGUAUUCUUACCCUAAGGGAUACUCAGAGAUGAUUGCUGAGCGCAGAAAAAGAGUUACAAAUGGUUUUGAAGACACAUUUGGCCAAAGCAAGCAGCAGUGAUUCGAAUCAUUCCUACUCCUAUGUUCUGCUAGUCUUUUCACCUCCCUUGUUUUCUCUUCUCUGCUUCUGCAGUUCUGCUUGUAUUUUCAUAUUCAAUUGCAGAAUAGUAGCUGUUAAGGCCUUCUCUCACAUUACUGUAAAUUGGCUUGGAGAUCAGAGGUUAAAGUACAAGUCUUGACAAUUAACACCCUGGGAGUAUAAAUAUUUGACCUUGUCCUCACAUUCUUGGGCACACUUGUGCUAACCUAUGAUUUGGUUAGAUUAGUUUUUGAGAAUUGUUCAUAGAAUCUAUGAAAAUUAACAUUUCUCUGCAAGACCUAUGUUGCACUUA